AGGCAAGUUAUUUCCUUUUCUGGCAACCAAAACAUUCAACGCCGCUCUCGAUAUCAGUUCUUUUGUUCUUUGUCCGGACGGGCGUAAUGUACCCUUGUGCGUGAAGCUCCCUUUAUGCCUUUCCCGGGAAGCCGGAGCGGCGAAUGAAAACCCUACCUGCUUCAUUGAUGACAAUAAGCCACCUGUUUCUUUGUAGGCCGAGCGCUUAUAAGGACGUGUGACGGCUCGACAAGCCAUCGUUCCUUCCUUUCAUUUCCCCUGCUUCUCAGUCCCCGCCUCGAAUCCGACGUUGCUGGUCAACGUUGCACGACUGCCCGUCUCACGCUCACGCUUUCACGCCCGCUAUCCUAAUCGACGAACCAUGACUGCUGCUCGAACCACGACUGCUGCUCGCAUCAACACUCACAUUCGUGCUACUCGUACACGCAACCGCUCGCUCAAGUCGAAGGCCUACUCCUGCCCACGUCCGGAUUGCCGGAGCGCUUUCAUGAGAAAGGCAGAUCGGGACAGGCAUAUGCGUCAUGUCCACGGCGGUAUCAAGAAGUGGUCUUGCGACUGGCCCGGCUGCGCCAUGAAGUUUGCGCACGAGGGCGCUUACAACAACCACAUGAACACCCACACGGGAGCGCAGCCUCAUGCCUGCAGGAUCUGCGACCAUAGGUUUGGUGACCCGUCAUCCCGCUCGCGCCACAUGCGGGAGAGGCACCUGCAACCGGGCUCCUACACCUGCUGCAUCUCGGGUUGUACGAAACAGCUCAAGCGCCGUGCAGCGUUCGUGGACCAUUUCAAGAAGGAUCACCAUAUUCUCGACGCGGAGGAGAGGUUCGACAUUGACUCGAUGGCGCCUCCGCUCCGAACCAUGGAGGAGGCGUACAUGCUGCACAAUCGCGUCCCUAUGCCUUCUACUUCGUCCGCCCACGAGGAGGAGGAGGAUGAAGUCGUGGCUGUCCCUUGUGCGCCGGCGGGCUAUGAUUGUGGCUACUACGGGCAACCUGACCCUUACGUCGCCUACGUCGAGCCGUAUCAGCCCAUCCCGCCCUACGACUACGGCUACUACUACGACGCGCCCUACCUGCCGCCUCAGCAGCCUUACGGCUACGAGAUGUCACCCGCGGGCUCGUGGGACCAGUACGCGUCGUCUUCAUCAUCGUCGUCCCCGGCCUCUUCCCGCGAGAGCUCGUCCGACCCGUCCUUGUCGGAUCAGUCUCCGGGGCCGUUCGCCAACAUCAAGCUUCGCCAGGAGUCGCCCGACUUCUUCUCCCCGCCAGCCCCUCUCGACGCGAGCGAGCCCUUCGUCGAUUUCACCACCAUCAAGCGCGAGGACAACACCGCCGAUCUGCUGGUCAGCGACGGUUAUGACGGGUACGACGGGUAUGGGUACAGCUCGCCCGUCGCCGACUGGGACCUCCAGUUGACCCCCACCGCAUGAGCCACACACUACUCUUCACGUCUUUCCACGACACCUACUAUCUUUCAUGGACCUUUCGUUGACGACCUACAGUCUCGUAUAAUCCCCCCUACCACCUGUUUUAAUCUGUAACGACCUACAUUGAGGCCCAGCGCCUGUGUUUCGAUACCACCCGGACUACUGUAGCAUAGCAUUGUUGGCACAUGUUGCCAUUGUCCCGUCUUCUGUAUCUCUUCGCGAUUGUGUUCAAUAAAGUGACCUGGCCAGUCUU